CAGACAGUGAAGAAUGGUUUGGGGGUUUGUUACUUGCGGCCCGAACGAGGCCUUGGUGGUAUCAGGAUGCUGCCACAUGAAGCCACUAUUGGUUCCCGGUGGACGGGCAUUCGUAUGGCCAUCGAUUCAACAAGUGCAAAGAAUCUCACUCAACACUAUGACACUGCAGGUGGAAAGCCCGACCGUCUACACCAGCCAGGGUGUACCAAUCUCCGUCACCGGGAUCGCGCAAGUAAAAAUCCAGGGCCAGAACGAGGAUAUGCUACUGACGGCGUGCGAACAAUUUCUCGGCAAAUCGGAAGCCGAAAUACAGCACAUUGCGCUGGUAACGCUUGAGGGCCAUCAGCGUGCCAUUAUGGGCUCGAUGACGGUCGAGGAGAUCUACAAGGAUCGUAAGAAAUUCUCGAAACAGGUGUUCGAGGUCGCCUCAUCCGAUCUGGUAAACAUGGGCAUUACCGUUGUGUCGUACACGCUAAAGGAUAUUCGCGAUGAGGAGUGUGACGGGUCUGGUAGGGGAUAUCUGAAAAGUCUCGGUAUGGCCCGUACGGCGGAGGUGAAGCGUGAUGCACGUAUCGGUGAAGCGGAAGCACGCUGUGACGCAACAAUCAAGGAAGCGAUCGCGGAAGAACAACGGAUGGCUGCCCGGUUCCUGAACGAUACCGAGAUCGCGAAGGCGCAGCGCGAUUUCGAACUGAAGAAGGCCGUGUACGAUGUGGAGGUGCAGACGAAGAAGGCCGAGGCGGAGAUGGCGUACGAGCUGCAGGCGGCCAAGACGAAGCAGCGCAUCAAGGAGGAACAGAUGCAGAUUAAGGUGGUCGAACGCACGCAGGAGAUUGCGGUGCAGGAGCAGGAAAUGCAGCGCCGCGAGCGCGAACUGGAAGCGACCAUUCGUCGGCCGGCCGAGGCGGAAAAGUACAAGCUGGAAAAGUUGGCCGAAGCGAACAAGCAGCGUGUCAUACUGGAGGCGGAAGCCGAAGCAGAAGCGAUCAAGGUACGCGGUGAGGCAGAGGCGUUUGCUAUUGCGGCUAAAUCGAAGGCCGAAGCAGAACAGAUGGCCAAGAAGGCGGAAGCCUGGAGGGAGUAUCGUGAGGCAGCGAUGGUGGACAUGUUGCUUGAUACACUGCCCAAGGUUGCUGCUGAAGUUGCGGCCCCUCUGUCACAGGCGAAGAAAAUCACGAUGGUGUCUAGCGGCAACGGCGAGGUCGGUGCUGUGAAGCUGACCGGUGAAGUGUUACAAAUCGUGAACAAGAUUCCGGAUCUGGUCAAAUCGAUCACCGGUGUUGAUAUUUCGCGGGCAGUAUUUGAUCUCCCAUCUACCGAAGUGAUGAUGGCAUUACACCCAGAAGUGAUAGUUUAA